GCGUUCUCUUGUUAAAAAACGCACCCUAUUCUUCUUAAAUCUGCAUCGCAUUUGUUCUUCCUGCAGAAUCUCUCUCUAAAGGACCAGGGAGAGAGUGGGAGAGAGAGAGGGAGAGAGAAUGUUCCAUUCUUCCUCGAAGAAGGUAAACAACAGUACAAAUAUGAAUCCAUCGCACCACGAAAACCGAGGCAUGUCAGCAUGUGUUCAAGGCGACUCCGGCCUGGUUCUCACCACCGACCCUAAACCGCGCCUCCGCUGGACCGUCGAGCUCCAUGAACGCUUUGUCGAUGCGGUUACUCAGCUCGGCGGACCUGAUAAGGCGACACCGAAGACGAUUAUGAGAGUUAUGGGUGUGAAGGGGCUUACUCUUUAUCAUCUAAAGAGUCACCUUCAGAAAUUCAGGCUCGGAAAACAGCCCCACAAGGAAUUUAGUGAUCACUCCAUUAAAGAUGCUUCUGCUUUAGAACUCCAGAGGAAUUCUGCAUCCUCCUCCGGAUUGAUGGCCCGUAGCAUGAAUGAGAUGCAAAUGGAGGUGCAAAGAAGGCUGCAUGAACAAUUAGAGGUGCAACGACACCUCCAAUUGAGAAUUGAAGCUCAAGGGAAGUACAUGCAAACAAUCCUGGAGAAAGCUUGCCAAACUCUUGCUGGUGAAAACGGUGAAAACAUGGCGAAUUCCAGCUACCGGGGAUUACCUGAUCAUUUUUCUGGCACAAAAGAGUAUGGCCAUCCCCUCAACUUUCCUUCGUUUCAGGAUCUUAACUUAUAUGGAGGUGACCAACAACUUGAACUUCAACCGACCAUGGAUAGAUCAUCCUCCCUUGAUGGCUUUAUGUCGAACAAUGAAGACGACACUUGUAUUGGCAAAAAGAGGCCUAACCCUAAUUAUACUAGUGGGAGCGGCAAGAGUCCUAUAAUUUGGUCAGACGAUCUUCGUCUGCAUGAGCUAAGUGGAAAUGCAGCUUCGUGUGUUGGAUCUCAAGAUAAUGAUCAUUUCAAAGGUGAUCAUGAUCAGAUUCAGAUUGAAGGUGGUGAUAUGGAUUCCGUGGCUGACAUAUAUGAACGAAAGCCCAUCCUUGGCGGAGUGUCUAUUGAUGAUAAGAAAUUUGAUGCAUUGUCUAAAUUAGAAAGGCCUUCGUCCAGAAGACCUUCUCUGCAACCGGAAAGGAUGAGCCCUAUGAUCGGUGGUGGCAUAUCACGAGGAACUUCUCCGUUUGGGUGAAACAGUACUACUAAACGAGUGUCACAACAUAUAUACGAGAAAUUAAUACUUGACUUUACCUAAUUACAUGUUCUUGGAGAUUCUGUCAUCCGAUGGAGUCUCAAGAUGCAAUUUAUCCGGAAGGGGGUUUUUUCAAAGCAUUUUAUACAUGUUGACGUAACUGCAAUAUUGGCUUGCAUGGGUAUACAUAUGAGUGUAUGAGAUCAAGUACGUACUAAUGCAAUCUGCAUCUGCAAUUAGGACUGUGAAUGAUCAGACUGCUGUUUAACUCUCAGCUAUAUCAGUAUUUCCUAA